AUGCUGCUCAACUACAACUUCACUAUCGAGUACAUCAACACAAAGGAUUUCGGCCAAGUGGACGCUCUUUCACGUCUCGCCACAAUCAUCGAUACCGGAGGACUACGCAAUCGCCUCACUUGUGAUCGACUAUAUGAAGCCCGGAAACUGGCCCAAAUUCAACCGCCAUUCUCCUCUGUGGCACUACUACAACAGCAGAAAGCAGUGAUUCCAAAUUCACUUCGACAUCGUGUUCUUUCAACACUACACAAAGCUCAUCCAGGCCAAACGAGGGUGAAAAUGCUUGCAAGAAGCUUUGUCUAUUGGCCUACGAUGGAUUCCGACAUCGAAAUACUCGUCAAGACCUGUCGAAGAUGUGCAUUCGUGGCAAAGGAUUCGAUCAAAGCUGAACUACAGUCAUGGCGGAAACCACACCAGCCGUGGACUCGAGUUCAUGCUGAUUUCGCCGGACCGAUGGAAGGACUAUACUAUCCACUUAUCGUGGACGCCUACCCCAAGUGGCCGGAAAUCAGACGCUCGUCACGGACAACGAAAAGCAGUUCACGUCGUCUCAGUUUAUUCUGCAGUUGCCGAGGAAUCAUGCACAUUCGCACGCCGCCGUUCCAUCCACUAAGCAAUGAACAAGCAGAAAGUUUUGUGGACACCUUCAAAAGAGGACUUGGUAAGCUGAAGGGGGAGGAACCAACAGUAAGCGCACUACAGACGUUUCUGAUGGCAUAUCGCUCCACUCUCUGUCCGUCUGCACCUGACCAGCGUUCAACUGCCGAAGCCUUCCUGGACGCCGACUGCGAACGGAGCUGA